AUGCCUUACAAUACGCGCCGCAAGUCGCUAUCUUUACCCAGUCUCGGCAUACACGUCCCAAUGACACAAGCUGCUCGCGCUGCUGCCGCUGCCUCCAAGAACGCUUCAAGAUCUUCUUUGUCGUCAUUAUCCAGUGCUGCCUCAUCCGCCUUGUCACCACCAUCAUCAGGUUCUGAGGCCCCCGAGGCGCAUCCCAGCAAACGACAGAAGCGAUCCCAUACCAACGAUAAUGCUCUUGAGCAGACACCACCUCCUUCACCAACACUAGAAGAUACAGUGAAGUCCAAGAUUGAUUUUGAAGCGAUUCGCGACGAUAUCGUUGAAGCUGUCAUUAUUCAAUUGCAAUCUACUGGAAACCGGCCUCACUUGGUCAAGGAGUUGGCUACCGUUUUGGCCCAACGUCUUACCUCUGUGCAACACUCUGCCAACCCUUGCGCCAUCAUCUCUUCCCGGCUGGCUUCAUAUGCUAAGCGAUCAUGCUGGACUGCCCAAAAACCCUGCCCUCUCGCCAAAGAACUCGAGAACAUUCACCCUCGGAGGACUUACUACUUUCUCACUACCUGCCCUCGUCAACCCAUCCCUGAACCCAGCUCCGCUGUGCCUUCUCUAUCCGCUCUCGACACGCCUUCCGUGUCGUUGACGGACGACUCUGGCUCCGACGAUGUUGAAGCUCGCAGACGCGAACUCAGCCCCUCGCCUGAGGUUGACCUCUCGGAUCAUGGAUUCGAGGAGGGCGACGAUGAAGUCAUGAUGCCUGCUACUCCCAUUGGCUCUCUUCCUUCUCAUCAUCGUUUUGUGCCAAACCGUCGCAACAGCCGUCAUAACUCACCGCCUCUGGAAAAAGACGAGCGGGAGUUUACUCAAACGGCUGAUUUCUUGCAGAAACGCAAGUUUGCCGAAGACACCCCUGCUGCUGAGACCGCCGAUCGCACCACCCACACCUCCGAGUAUGGAUACCGCGACGACUUUUGGUUCGGUGACCACCGCAUCUUCACUUCAAGUGCCUUGCUUACCAGCCCCGCGGUAAAGUCUAGCUCCAUGUCAAACAUGACAUCAGGUCCCCGGAAAGAAGAUGACGGCGAGACCUGGUUGAAGUUUAACAAGCUUAUGGAAUGGGACCAGGGCGCCGAGAGUAUUGAAAUUGACGAGCUCGAUGGCUUGCUUGACGACUGCUGA